AUGGGGAGCGUCUUGGGGCUGUGCUCCAUGGCGAGCUGGAUCCCAUGUCUGUGUGGCAGCGCCCCGUGUCUGCUGUGCCGAUGCUGUCCUAGUGGAAAUAACUCCACUGUAACUAGGUUGAUCUAUGCGCUUUUUUUGCUUGUUGGAGUUUGUGUAGCUUGUGUAAUGCUGAUACCUGGAAUGGAAGAACAGCUGAAUAAGAUUCCUGGAUUUUGUGAGAAUGAGAAAGGAAUGGUCCCUUGUGAUAUUCUGGUUGGCUAUAAAGCUGUAUACCGUUUGUGCUUUGGCUUGGCUAUGUUCUAUCUUCUUCUCUCUCUCUUAAUGAUCAAAGUGAAGAGCAGCAGUGACCCUCGAGCUGCAGUACACAAUGGAUUCUGGUUCUUUAAAUUUGCUGCAGCAAUUGCAAUUAUUAUUGGGGCCUUCUUCAUUCCAGAAGGAACUUUUACAACUGUAUGGUUUUAUGUAGGCAUGGCAGGUGCCUUUUGCUUCAUUCUCAUACAGCUAGUCUUGCUCAUUGAUUUUGCCCAUUCGUGGAAUGAAUCAUGGGUUGAAAAAAUGGAAGAGGGGAACUCAAGAUGUUGGUAUGCAGCUUUGUUAUCAGCUACAGCCCUGAAUUAUCUGCUGUCUUUAGUUGCUAUCGUCCUGUUUUUUGUUUACUAUACUCAUCCAGCCAGUUGUGCAGAAAAUAAAGCAUUCAUCAGUGUCAACAUGCUCCUCUGCCUUGGUGCUUCUAUAAUGUCUAUACUGCCAAAAAUCCAAGAAUCACAACCAAGAUCUGGUUUGUUACAGUCUUCAGUGAUUACAGUCUACACAAUGUAUUUGACGUGGUCUGCUAUGACCAAUGAACCGGAAACAGAAUGUAACCCAAGUCUACUGAACAUAAUUGGAUAUAACACAACAAGCACUAUCCCAAAGGAGGGGCAGUCUGUACAGUGGUGGCAUACUCAAGGAAUUAUUGGACUAAUCCUCUUUUUACUGUGUGUAUUUUAUUCAAGCAUCCGUACUUCAAACAAUAGUCAGGUUAAUAAACUGACUCUAACAAGUGAUGAAUCAACACUAAUAGAAGAUAGUGGAGCCAGAAAUGAUGGAUCACUUGAGGAUGGUGAUGAUGUUCACCGAGCCGUAGAUAAUGAAAGGGAUGGUGUCACUUACAGUUACUCCUUCUUUCACUUCAUGCUUUUCCUGGCUUCACUUUAUAUCAUGAUGACCCUAACCAACUGGUACAGGUAUGAGCCUUCUCGUGAGAUGAAAAGCCAGUGGACAGCUGUCUGGGUGAAAAUCUCCUCUAGUUGGAUCGGCAUUGUGCUGUAUGUGUGGACACUGGUGGCACCCCUUGUUCUUACAAAUCGUGACUUUGACUGA